AUGGCCAGCCCCGUUGCAGGCGAAUACCCUCAACCUGUUACCUCCCCUCCUCCCGUCUACCUGCGAUCUUCCCCGCCUGCCUCCGACACUCACCAAUCGACCCCUCGGUCCACACAAAAGAGACCUCUGAGCUUCGGCUUUGGUCGCAAAUCUCCCACGGCCUCGGUUCCAUUGGCAGACCACGUCGCAGAGGACCGGCGUGUCUCGAAAGGGCCCGAUGAUGCGACCUUGGCACCUGUCGCCAACAAGACCGUCGACAAUUUCCCCGUCGAUUACGACGUCCCUCCGCUGCCAACGGCGCGGUUCUCCAAAUUGACUGUGGAAGAAGACCUACCCCAGUCGACCGAUAACCAAGUCCCUGAUAGCCCUUCGCCUGGCUCCAACGGAGAUUCGUACGACGCUCCGCCACCACCACCGCCCCAUCUUCAACAGACGUCGGCGCAUGGACAUACUCCGGCCAGCAGUGGCUCGUGGUCGGUGGUAGAGCCUCAUGGGAAGGAUGAGCCUAAGAUCCUGAUCAAUACCAGCGGAUCGUCGUUGGCUCAUGGCGCCCCCAGCGCAAGUCACAACAGCUCCUCUCGGGGCAGCAUGGAUAGUGUCGACCAGGUGCCCGAAGUUGAGGAGCCGGAGCCGGAGCCUUUGCACUACCACCACCGUCCCUACCAGCCCAAGGCGAGCCCGCCCGCCGAGAAUGCCGGGGGUAAUGGCCAUCUGUCGGCUGAUCGUGCCCGAUCAUCUCGACCACGCUCGGCGUAUUCCAUUGCGUCCGAUAUUGACGGCCGCAACGGGUCCCCUCACGGAUCUCCGUACCUCCAUGCGCGCUCCUCCACCUCCCCGGACGUUCGGCCGGUCUCCUUUGUUGAUCUCCUCAACACGCCCUAUCCGCAGCCCGGUCCCGCGCCGACGCAAUUCGGCAACGCCCAGCUGCGGUCAUCUGUCGGCAACAGCGCAUCGUUGCUCAGCCACAAGCAAACCUUCGACAUGUACCUGGCCAAUGUCAAGAAGACGGACGAUCCGGCCAUCCAGUAUGAGUUUGCCAUCUUCAUGGUCAAUGCCAUGUUGGAAAUGCCCGAAGAUCUCGACGGGGUGGCGCAGGUGUACGGCCGGAAGGGAAAUGAGAUUACGCGAGCCAGUCUGCUGAAGGAAGCCAAAUCGAUUCUGCAGCGUCUGUCCGACCGCAGCUACCCGUUCGCGCAAUACUAUUUGGCCGACGGCUAUGCAUCUGGGCUGUUCAACAAGGGCAAUGAAGACCCCGACCGCGCAUUUACCUUGUUUCUCGCCGCCAGCAAGCACGGCCACGUAGAAGCGUGCUACCGAACGGCGCUCUGUUAUGAAUUCGGCUGGGGUACUCGCGUCGAGGCGGCCCGAGCCCAGCAAUUCUAUCGUCAGGCGGCAUCGAAGAACCACCCGGGUGCCAUGUUGCGCAUGGCAAAGGCUUGUCUUGCCGGUGACAUGGGCUUGGGGGUGCGCUACCGAGAGGGAGUCAAGUGGUUGAAGCGAGCGACGGAAUCCUCGGACCGACAGUACAACUCGGCGCCGUAUGAGCUGGGGUUGAUGCACGAGUCGGGAUACGGCGACGACGUCUUCCCCGACCCGUCGUACGCUGCUCAGUUGUUCACCAAAUCGGCGGACCUAGGACAUGUAGAGGCGAGCUACCGGCUCGGCGAUGCCUAUGAGCACGGCAAGCUGAACUGCCCUCGCGACCCUGCCCUGAGCAUCCACUUCUACACGGGCGCCGCCCAAGGAGGACAUCCGCAUGCGAUGAUGGCGCUCUGUGCAUGGUACCUUGUGGGGGCGGAGCCCGUGCUCGAGAAGGAAGAGAACGAGGCAUAUGAAUGGGCCAAACGGGCUGCCGAUCUCGGCCUCACGAAAGCCCAAUACGCGGUGGGCUAUUUCACCGAAAUGGGCAUCGGCUGCCGACGUGACCCGUUGGAGGCCAACGUCUGGUAUGUGAAAGCAGCGGAGCAGGGCGAUACGCGAGCGACGCAUCGUAUUGCAGCGAUUCGAGCCGCGGCCGAGGGGGUGGAUCCAGCGCAGGCCGCCAGUCAGGGACAAAAGGGGAAGAAGGAGGGCAAGAAGCGAUUUGGUCUUUUUUAG